AUGUCCUCCAAAGACGCCCAUCUCUAUGGCGUGCGGCCCAAGGGACGCGCAAAGGCGAAAGAAAUCUCCAGCUCGAGCAGCCUCGCCUUCUCCUCGACCCUCUCCAACCUCAUCAAGAACUCUUCGACGGAACCGAACAAGCCCACCGCGGGCCGCGCACGGCCACAGAAGGAAGACAUCUUCAAGACACACAACAAGAACGUCAAGAAGCGCGCACUGAAGGACCUGGAAGACACCGACUUCACACAGAAGCACCGCGGGCGCACAACCGAGGAGAAGGGCGAAGAUGAAGUCGCAUGGAAGCGCACGAAGCGGCGCAUGGAAGAGAAGGCGCGCUUGUAUGAUGCCUUGAAGCGCGGCGAUGUGGAAGAUCUCGACGACAAAUACGGCGUCGACUUUGACCGCAAAUGGGCUGAGCAACAGGAAAAGGGCGAGGCGGAACACGCCAGCUCAUCCGAGUCGGAAGAGGACGAAGAGGAGGAACUUGUAGAAUAUACGGACGAGUUUGGGCGAACGCGAAAGGGCACACGUGCAGAAGCUGCCCGCGAAGAGCGUCGAAAGCGCACCCUCGCCGCCGACGAACCCGACCGCUUCACCGCGCGGCCCAGCAUGCCCACCAACAUCAUCUUCGGCGACACCGUACAAACACAUGCCUUCAACCCCGACGAGACCAUCGCCCAGCAAAUGGCUGACCUAGCCGCCAAGCGCGACAAAGAACUUACGCCGCCACCCGAGGUACACUUUGACGGCAGAGCCGAGGUCAGGCAGCGCGGCAUGGGCUUCUUCAACUUUUCCAAGGACGAGGAGGAACGGCAAGAACAGAUGAGACGGAUUGAGAAGGACAGGGAAGAUACUGAGCGCGUAAGGCAGGAGCGCAAAGAGGCCGUGGAGAAGAGAAAAGCCAUGGUCAGAGAAAAGAAGAGGGCCAUACAGGAGAAGAGGAGCAAAGGGCAGGCGGAGAAGUUUCUGGAAGAGCUGGGCCAGGAGCUGUUCAAGGACGGAGGGACUGAAGUGGAGGACAAUUCGACCGUCGCAGAUGAGGGCAAAGAAGCUGCGUGA